UGACGUCAUCUGAUAAACGCCAACUAAGAUGGCGUGAAUCAGCCAAGCAAGUGAUCUUCACUUUCUGUUUUUCUCGUUCAACAACGUCACACCGUUUAUCUUUUAACAAAAUCUAUACUACUAUAUAUACACACACAUAUAUAUCUAUAUACCUGUGAAUGUACAUAUAGAUAUUACACAGCCACAUACAAUUAAUAUCCACAGCAGCCGUUUACCACAGUCUAUUUUUAAAAGGAUUAAAACCAGAGGGCAGUGCUGAAAAAAGCUGUUCGCCAUCAAGUGACACACAGCCACAUGUUUCCUCCUUCUUCCUCCUCUCAGGCCAUCAAGAUGGGAUCAAAUUACGAAGAAGCUUUAAAGGGUUACUUUCUUUCUUUGAAGUAUAAAUACCCUGACAUAACCAAACCAGAUAUUCUGAGAGCCAUUGGAGUAUACACAGACCUUCAACCAGCAAGAGAUAAAUUUGUUUUCAAUAAUGGUGUUGAGAAAGAGCUGGUCAAGCUUGACGGAACAAUUCCUGUCACUUAUCGAGAUAACAGAUACAACAUUCCCAUAUGUGUCUGGUUGUUAGAUACCCACCCUCAUUGUGCCCCCAUUGUUUAUGUCAAGCCGACUCCCAACAUGCAGAUCAAACCAGGUAGACAUGUUGACCCUAAUGGCAAAAUCAAUUUGCCUUUCUUGUUACAAUGGAAAUAUCCUCAGUCUGACCUCUAUGGACUUUUGAAUAGACUGGCAGAAAAGUUUGGUGAAGAACCUCCUGUCUUCUCGAAGGUUCAACAGAAUCCUGUCAACUCCUCGUAUCAAGUAGACGUAGGUGACUGGUCUUCUAGCAAUUCAAUGGCUCAACCUUCUCACACCCCGUAUCCUACAAGACAAAGUCCUUACAUGCCAAGUCCUGCAACUUCAAGCAGUAUACCUCCAUAUCCUCUUCCUUAUACUGCACCACAGACCACUGCUAGCUCUUAUUACCCAUCUAAUUUAAAUAACCCUCUACCGUACCCUGCACAUCCUCAAUACCCUUUGUACAACACUCCCUACCUUGGAUACCCAGCUUACUCUGAAUCGACUUCGUCGGUUACCACUCCAACACCUAUGUUUGGGCUCAACUCAACUACAUCAGGAACUCAUUUAACACAAACAGUAUCUGGUACAAGUACUGUGACAGAGGAACACAUUAAGGCCUCACUGAUAUCUGCUGUGGAAGAGACACUGAAACGUCGUCUAAAGGAAACAUUUGCCCAAGCUCAGGCUGAAAUGGAUACGCUGUAUAAAACACAGAAUGACCUUCAAAAAGGUCGUGAGUGUCUGGAGAAGAUGAUGAAAUCUUUGGAACAAGAGAAGGAUGAGGUGGAGAAGAAUAUUUCUAUACUGAAGGAGAAAAAUGCUGAACUGAAAGAAACCUUGAACAAAAUGGAGAACCAGGGAGAACUUAAAAUUGAUGAAGCUGUUGUUACUACAACACCACUCUACAGACAAUUGUUGAAUGCAUUUGCUAAAGAACAAGCUAUAGAAGAUACCAUUUAUUAUCUAGGAGAAGCUUUACGAAGAAGUGUUAUUGAUCUUGAUAUCUUUCUCAAACAAGUCCGUGAGUUGUCACGACACCAAUUCAUGCUGCGUGCCAUAAUUCAGAAGUGUCGUGAGAAGGCCGGUCUACCGGCACUCACAUAAAUUUUCUUCCAACUGCAACAACAACAACUAGGGCCCAAGAAACCUCUACCAGAUUCUCAAAUGGUCUUUUAUUUAUAUUGCCUUCGAUUCUUUUCUUUUAUAUUUCUGUUUUGUUUCUUAUCAGCAUAAGAUUUGAUGAUCAAGGGGUGGGGGGGACAUUAAACAAACGAAAGUGAACAGGCAUAUUUCUGUUUCUUUAUAUAACACAUUAUUACAAAUUUUUUUUAUUUAAAUUGUUACUGGUUCAACCCCCAUCCCACCCCCCAACCCUUUUUCCCCUACACUUCUGCAUCCUACAGACAAAAAAACUUUUUAACAUUUUUAACCUUUGUUAAAUUCUGUUUUGAAACUACUCGCGCAUGCAUACACACACACACACACAGAGAGAUUAUAGUUUGUUCUUCUAAUCCUCAGUAUAUUUGCUCUGUCCAGAACAAAUUGAAAUGGACAUAUUAGAUAUCUUGUUUCACUCAUGUAGAACACUCAAAUCAUUCGAACUGGGUAGAUUAUAACAAUGUUGAUUUAUUUAUUUUAUAAUGAUUUUUGUAAUAAUAAUAACAGCAACAUUAAUAAUCAUGAUGAUGAUGAUAAUAAACUGAACUGCAUAAUUUAUUCAUUGGCUAAUUUUCAAUUAUUUUGUUAUUAGUUGCACCCCCUUUGUAGAAAUGUGCAAUUCUUGCUUAUUUCUAUAAGCAGUAAUGAUAGCUAUCAUACACACACACACACAUGAGAAAGAGAACAAUAUUUGUUUCUCUGCAUAUAUAUAUAUAUAUAUAUAUAUAUAUAUAUACACACACAUGCACACACACACACACAGGAUAAAGUGGCUGAGUGUUUUGGACAUCAAAUCAAAUGCUGUCUGUUCCAGCACUUUGCAUUCUGAGUUCGAAUUCCACCUUGGUGCCGAUGGCUUGGUUUAAUCACCCAACCAAAGGAGAACCUUUUGCAACCCACAAGUGACUGACACAAGCACCUACAUAUAUAUACACACACACACACACAUACAAUUAUACAUACAAUCAGACUCUCUCCUUACACUGGGUGGUUCUUAUCAAAAGAAUAAAUCCAUAUAUUUUACUCCCACCUCACUCCUCUUCUCUUUAAUUCUAUUAUGUUAAUAAAAAAAAAAUGAAAUUUG